UGAUAGGUACUUCAUGAAUUCGGCUUGUAAAAGCGAGUGAACGUAAUGUUUUAAUUCUCUUUGAAGCGAGCAGUUAGGGAAUUAAAUUUAUAUUAAAUAAGUGUUUAUUAAUAACGAAAAUGAAGAUAGAGGAAGUUAAAAGUACAGCCAAAACUCAGAGAAUAUCAGCACAUAGUCAUAUCAAAGGUUUGGGCUUAGAUGAAAAUGGGGUACCGAUUCAGAUGGCUGCCGGUCUCGUGGGCCAGGAAUCGGCUAGAGAGGCUGCUGGUAUAGUUGUAGACAUGAUUCGCAGCAAAAAGAUGGCAGGCCGUGCUUUGCUACUUGCAGGUCCCCCUGGUACUGGUAAAACUGCUAUAGCAUUAGCAAUAGCUCAGGAGCUUGGUAAUAAGGUUCCAUUCUGCCCUAUGGUGGGUAGUGAAGUGUACAGUACCGAAAUAAAGAAGACAGAAGUAUUAAUGGAGAACUUCCGGCGUGCUAUUGGAUUGAGAAUCAGGGAAACUAAAGAGGUGUACGAAGGAGAAGUCACUGAACUUACGCCAGUCGAAACAGAGAACCCUGCUGGAGGCUAUGGCAAAACAGUUUCUCAUGUGAUAAUUGGUUUGAAGACUGCAAAGGGCACCAAGCAGCUGAAGCUGGACCCCACAAUAUAUGAAUCAUUACAAAAAGAGAAAGUAGAUGUGGGUGAUGUAAUAUAUAUUGAAGCCAACUCUGGUGCCGUCAAGCGACAGGGGAGAAGCGAUACAUUUGCUACUGAGUUUGAUUUAGAGGCUGAAGAAUAUGUACCACUCCCGAAAGGAGAUGUCCACAAGAAGAAAGAGGUAGUACAGGAUGUUACGCUUCACGACCUGGACUGUGCCAACGCGAGACCGCAGGGUGGACACGACAUUAUGUCUAUGAUGGGACAAUUGAUGAAACCUAAGAAAACUGAAAUUACAGAUAAGCUGAGAAAGGAAAUAAAUAAAGUCGUAAACAAGUAUAUAGACCAAGGUAUUGCUGAAUUGGUGCCUGGGGUACUAUUUAUAGAUGAGGUACACAUGUUAGACAUUGAAACAUUUACAUAUCUACAUCGUGCACUAGAGUCAGCCAUAGCACCUAUUGUUAUAUUUGCGACAAAUAGAGGCCGCUGCCAAAUAAGAGGUACUGAGGACAUCAUCUCACCGCACGGAAUUCCCCUGGAUCUGCUAGACAGGCUACUCAUCAUCAGAACGCUGCCUUAUAACAAAGCUGAACUUUUACAGAUAUUGAAGCUGCGAGCGGCGACUGAAGGCAUCUCUAUCGAUGAUGACGCUCUGGCCGCGUUGGCUGAAAUUGGAGCCAGUAGCACGCUCAGGUAUGCAGCGCAACUGCUGACCCCAGGUGCGUUGACGGCCCGUGCGGACGGUGCUGCCAGCAUCACCCCCGCGCAUAUGCAGGCCGUACACGCCCUGUUCCUCGAUGCCAAGUCCUCCGCACGCAUACUGACGCAGCACUCCGACAAGUACAUGAUGUGAAUACACACACAGACACACCGCCACGGCAAGACACAUUACUUUUAUGCUCAUACUGUUCAACGCAAGGCUUGGUUUUAAAUUUAAUGAUUGUUACCAAUUAAAAGUUUCCGAAUAUUAACAUUGAGUUAAUAAUAUAUAAUAAUAAGCAGUUGCAACUGCACUUGAUAUUGUUAAACAAUUAUUAGAUAGACCUAAUAAUUGUUUAACAAUAGGUAAACCUAAUAAUUGUUCCACAAUCUAAUCACUAAAAUUAAUAUUGUGACCUGAAAAAUAUCGCGGCGAUAGAAAAUAAAUCGGUUGGUUGAAUAAAAAAUUGACAAAACUUUAUCAGAAUAUAGUAUAACCAAAUACCGUACAAUUUUGGUCAAAAGUAAGAGAGAUAAACCGAAUUAAAGUACUCUAUGGACAUAAACUGUUUUUUUGGUAUCCAAGCCUUGGUUCCGAAAUGAAACGUCUGAUAAAUGGCGCAUAUAAGAUGCAGAAAGAGAGGAAGAAGAGAGUCCUGAGACCUUAAGAUAAGGCUCACUUUCUUCCCCUGGUGGCCGUGAGAACAACCAAAAAAAAAACAAA